GACACCAGCGUCGCAGUUUAAAAACGAAGUUAUACCUAAGCGGUUGCGUCCGUUGCGUGAGUGCAAUUGAACGUUCAAAAAUAUUUUGCAUAUCAGUUUAAAUUUUAAUUAAUUUCCGGUCAUAAAAAUAUGAAAAUGCUGUUGUGGAUUGUUGUAAGCAUUUCUGCUUCGCUUGCCGAGGCGCAAGUAAUUUCUCCAGGAGGGUGUCCUCCUCUUCAGGUGGUGCAGCAAUUCGAUUUAGGCGCCUACUUGGGAAGGUGGUACGAGUUCAAAAAGUUCUACGCGAUUUUCCAGGAAAAUGGCGAAUGCGCCACUGCGACGUACAAGGAAAAUUUGAAUGGAACUAUUAGCGUCAAAAAUUACCUCAUCGAUGGAAAAACUGGGCUGUCGGAGAUUAUUUAUGGCCACGCCACAGUUGAUAGCACCACUGGUGAAGGAAAGCUGCGGGUGAACUUCCCUUCAGCGGGAGCAUUUGACGGGGCAUACUGGGUCAUUGGAACGGAUUACGUGAAUUACGCAGUCGUCUGGUCAUGCACAGAAUCUGGAAACGUUAACAUUCAAUUUUCUUGGGUUCUCACUCGGCAAAGAUUCCCGAGCCUAGAAACUCUCGCGUUGGCGGAGCAAGUCAUUGAAGCCAAUAACCUGCAGAAAGAUAAAUAUGUAAUUACCAAUCAGCAUAACUGUCUGGUUUGCAGGAACAGGAAGUAAAGAAUUAUGAAGUUUGGUGGAUUUUGAAUUAUUAAAAAUAAAAAAAUCUCCUAUUUUAGAAACCACCUUA